GAGACGAUCGUAUGCAAACUGGUUUACAAAGUUUUAAUUCGCACUGCACCAGAUGCAAGAAUCUCAGAACGACGCGACACUUGACACCGCUUAUCUUAAUACUUAAUACAUUCCUACACUGUUGCGAUUUAAAAACCAACGGAAUCACGGAACGAGGUCAGUAGUCAUCUAUAAAAUCAAGAGAUAUGCACAUGCGACGGAUGAUACAAUGAAAGGUCCAGUUGUCAUCACAUGCCUUUACUUCAUAUAUUUGGUUACCAGCCAUCCAACAGAAAAAGUUACUUACAAUGGGAACCAAUUAUGGAAAAUCACCAACGACAACAAAACCACGCUAGAACUAUUAAAAACUUUAGCGAACGAAAAAUAUUUAACUCUUUGGAUGCUAACCUCUAAAACAGUCGAUGCCAUGAUCCACCACGAAUACUUAAACCAAGUAAAAGAGAAGCUUCUCGAAAAUAACCAAACGUACAAGGUUUCAAUCGAAGAUGUACAAAAAGCUAUAGACGAAGUAAAUCCCAAACCACCGGAAAAUCUUGACGGACAUAAAGAUUACCGCCUGACCUGGAAUUACUACCACAACUUGGCAGACAUCUAUGACUAUCUGCACUAUUUGGAGGCCACUUUUCCUAAAUUAUGUACCGUCAUUACAAUUGGAAACUCAGUCGAAGCGCGUCCCAUUAAGCUCCUGCGAAUUUCCAACAGAAAUCCCAACAAUAAAGCCAUGUUCGUUGAAGGUGGAAUUCACGCUAGAGAGUGGAUAUCACCAGCUUCCGUCACUUACAUCAUACACCAAUUGAUUAGCAAUUAUGACAACGAACCUUCCUACAUUAAAAAUCUAGAUUGGUAUUUUGUACCAGUUUUGAACCCUGAUGGGUACACGUAUACGUACAAUGUGGACAGAUUGUGGAGGAAAAAUACAGCAAAAAGUAUGACAAGCAAUUGUAUAGGAGUUGAUCUUAAUCGAAACUGGGGUUACGACUGGAGUAACAACGGGUCGUCGAACGAUCCGUGCAGUAAUUUGUACAGUGGAAGGAAACCGUUUUCGGAACCUGAAACCGCAUCUGUUGCUAAAUUUUUUAUUAAUAAUCCAAAUAUCCAGUGGGUUGGGUACUUAGCAGUGCAUUCCUAUGGGCAGUAUAUUGUCUAUCCUUGGGGUUCGCCCGACAGAGUUAUCGAAGAUCACAAAGAGUUAAAUGAUCUAGGGAGUCAAGCAGCUAAGAUGAUCAUCGAAGGUGGAGGUGAAUCGUAUACAGUUGGCCCCAUAGGGACUACUGUAUAUGCAGCAUUUGGGAGUUCUACAGAUUGGGCUAGAGGAGGUGAAGCGAUUAAAUUUAGUUUCACAAUCGAACUGGGCGACUACGGAAAAUACGGUUUUCUUCUUCCAGCUCGGUUUAUUAAACCGUCAAGUGAUGAAGUUUUGAUUCUUGUUAGAAUUAUUGCUCAGGCUGUUGAAAAAAGUUUGCAAAAUAAUAAUAAAUGUUAGAAAAUAAGUCUAAUGUUUCAUU